AUAUUGGGAAAACAGCCACGUGGGUUCGAAUCCCACGCCACACACUUAGUUGAUGACUGAGAAUGACAAGGACGCAUGCUUGAACGUCGGAAAAAGAAAGCACUGGAGAGUGGUCCCUUGCGUCGUCUUAUUUGGCAGAUUCCGCCCGAGAAGGGGAAGAAUGAAAUCGGAAUAGACAGGAGGAACCAAGCUACGGCAUGCUUCAGGCUUACAUGCAUGACACCGCACGGACAGAGUAGUAGGAAGGAUAGAUCGAUACUGAAUCGAACAAGUAGAACACGAACAACGGAAUGGCCUUCAAUUGCCUUCAACUGGAGAUGCUCGAUUUGGGAACCUCUUCCCAAUGGCCGUCCGAUACAUGUGUUACUUGAUUUCACCCGGAAACUACAUGCAAGCGCAUAUCUCAGGCGCCCUCAUGAAGCUUUGAGGAGUCGUGGUUAAUAUUCCGCAGUGGGAUUAAGUCCGACCUUCAUAAGCAAAUGAAGAGCUGCCAGCAUCCACGUGGCCGUUUCCCUAGUACACCUUUGCCGCGCGUCUUCUCGAAUCUUCGCCUCUGCUCCGUAGACAUUGCUCAUCUCCCCCACCAUUAUCGAAGACUUUGACGGGAUCAGACAUCUCGGCAACGGACGGUUUCAAC